AUGGCUUCCCGAGGCGGCAUGUACGCCAAAAUGGCAGCAGUGUACGGUAUCACCUAUACCUAUUCCUAUAUCCAGACUACAACCCUUCCCUCGCCUCAUGCCCUCACCCCCUCCGAAGGCGAGGUCUUCAAAAGUUUCAGCCCGGAUUUACAAAAGCGCAACCUCGAGCUCCGGGACCAGCGGACAAAGGACUAUGAAAUCUUCCUGAGCCAGCUCAAGGAAUACAGCAAGUCCGACAAACCCAUAUGGGUCGCCGCGGCCGAAGCACAAGCCAAAGCGCGGGAAGAGUUACAAGUCAAAGAGGCUCAGGAGAAGUCGCUGCAGCAGAAAAUGAGGGAGGAGAUGAGAGCCGCUCAGGUGCAGGGGAGAUAG